UUAAGAAAUGAGCCACCUGUUUUAAAAAUCUCUUCGCUCCAACUGAAUCGGGUUUUGCCAUUGCCCCGGACUUGAAAUUUCCUAAAUUCGCUUCGCUUUUCAUUUUGAUUCUCCAAGCAAAGAGCUCACUGAUUCCCUCUCCCUCUCUCUCUUUUAUUUGGCUCAUUGCGUUAGGGUUUUUUUUUUUAAAAAUGAAGUCUUCGUUUGGUAAACUUGCAAGAUUUGCUCUCCACAAGAACGAUGGCAAGGAUAAAUUAGAUUUUUUAUCAGCGGCUCAUUUGGAUGAGCUCGCUCAAGCAGCUCAGGAUAUGCAGGAGAUGAGAAAUUGCUAUGACAGCUUACUUUUGGCAGCUGCAGCAACAGCUAACAGUGCAUAUGAAUUCUCAGAGUCACUGCAAGAAAUGGGCUCCUGUCUGCAAGAAAAAAGACUGCUACCUGAUGAUGAAGAAAGCCGUAGGAUCCUGUUAAUGUUGGGGAACUUGCAGUUUGAACUCCGGAAACUUGUGGAUAACUAUCGCUCCCAUAUAUUGCUGACAAUUACAAAUCCGUCUGAGUCACUUCUAAAUGAGCUUAGGACUGUUGAGGAUAUGAAGCGACAGUGUGAUGAGAAAAGAAAUGUCUAUGAAUACAUGGUGACACAACAGAAGGAAAAAGGAAAGUCCAAAGGUGGAAAAGGGGAAACUUUCACUUUGCAACAGUUGCAAACAGCUCGUGAAGAAUAUGUUGAAGUGGCAACCCUUUGUGUUUUCCGAUUGAAAUCUCUGAAGCAAGGUCAAUCCAGAAGUCUUGUAACACAAGCUGCUCGCUACCAUGCAGCUCAGUUGAAUUUCUUUAGGAAAGGACUUAAAUCACUUGAGGCAAUUGAACCUCAUGUUAGGCAAGUUACAGAACAGCAUCACAUUGAUUACCAAUUCUGUGGCCUUGAAGAUGAUGAUGGGGAAGAUGGUGAGAUUGCCUAUGACCCAAACAAGGAUGUGGAAUUAAAAUUUGACAAUAGAGCUAAUGAGAAGGAGUUUGAUGUUACUUCUGCAUCAAGGAAUUCAAUGGAGGUAGAUGAAGUAAGUACUUCAUUUCCCCAAACUUUGAAGAUGGAAAAUGCAGAGGCAAACCCGGUGAAAAGCCAUGGGGAUUUCCAGGUCUCAAGUAGGGAUCAUAGAGUGAGUUGCCAUUCAGCCCCCAUAUUUCCAGAAAGGAAGCUUGAUCCUGCUGAAAGAGUAAAACAGAUGCUUCAGUCAUCUACAAGAACGUCCAACACAUAUGUUCUUCCAACACCAAAUGAUUCAACAUUUGCAGUUUCUUCAAGAACAAACAGCUCCAUUUCGCACACAAAACCUACAAAUGUAGCCGGGCAUCCACACAAUACAUGGCAUUCUUCCCCGCUAGAGCAAAAGAAUCGUGAGAAAGAUUCUGGCGAUGGUCAACCAUCAGAGUUUACCAUCUUGAAUUCUGAGUCAGGUCUCAAGGAGAACAACAGUAGUAAUAGUACCUCUACACAACUACCCCCUCCUUUGUCUGAAGGACGAGAAUCUACCCAGUUGGAUUCCACUGAAGCCAAAAAAAUAAAAAGAAAAGCUGUUUCUGGUCCAUUAACUAGUAAACAAUUGUCAACAAAGCCUAUUUUAUCGGCAACCAGUUCCAUUCCAUCGGCUGAACUUCCUCAUUUAGCUUCUGCAGUUUUUUCUCAUUUAACAAUUCCUCGAUCAUUAUCACCUCCCAGAGUAUCCCCAAGUGCAUCACCUCCCCUUGUUUCUUCACCCAGAUUAAAUGAGCUUCAUGAGCUUCCAAGGCCGCCUAAUAGUUCAGCUGCCAAGUCAGCAAAAUCCCCUUCCUUGGUUGGUCACUCUGCUUCUCUAAUCUCGAGAAAUCAAGAGCUUUCUGCAAGUAAUAUUUCUCCACUGGCAGUAAGUGGAGCAUCUCGUCUACCUACUCCACCUUUGAUAGUACCGCGAAGUUUCUCUAUGCCAACUGGAAAUCAAAGAACAACGUUUUCCAGGCUUUUGGAGGCUCCACAAGUUCCAGAUAAGGAUGAAGUUGCAUUGCCUUCGUCAAUGCCCACUAAACCAAUACCCAGUGUUUCUGAAGUGGCAUCUCAUUCUGGCCAAAUCAGAGGUGGGAGCUGAGAAAGCUGAUUCAUUUUGAAUCUUUAACCAGAAAGUUGGAAUAGAUGAAGUUUGGUGUGCAAAUAUGAGGUUUAUCGACAUGGUUAGCUAAGUUUCUCAUGCCAAAUCUUGGUUAGGCUGGCAGGCAUAUCUAUUUGUUGAGAACUAAUGAUACGAAGUGCACAAGAUUGGAGUGAUUGUUUGUUGUUGCAUACCACGUAUAUUGUCCACUGUUCACAUAAGGAAAUUGUGUUUUUUGUUGUUUGAUAUACGCCGCCAUGGAAGCCACCCAAAGUGAAAAAAGGAUUUGGCAUUUGCAUUAGAUAAGCCACCCAGAACCAAGUGAAACAAUUUUGCUUCUCAAAUACUGGCUCUGGACGGCUGCUAUGUAAUGCCAUGCAAUUUGCCCCUUGUAGCAUAUGUUGUUAUACUGGAAUUGGAUUGGUUUUGUAUCAUCCACCACCCAACCAACCUGGAAACUACUUUUUCUCUCUGUCCAAUACAAACAUCUAAUUUGGUUAACUUUGUAAAUUUGGUUUUUGGAAAGAGUAAAUUAAAGCUGAAA